AUGGAGAGCCCUAACUCGCUGCACGAGAUCGCGGCGGCGGCGGCGGCGGAGACGGCGUGCCUGGCUGUGGUGUUGGAGGAGGAGGGGAAACGGCGGCCGGCGGCGGUGACAAAAAGGGGCCGGAUAAGAUGCUCAGUGGGGUUCGGUCUGUGGAGGGGGGAAGUUACGGGUUACUUGGGGAAGAUCUCGGGUGAGGAGAGUGAGGAAGAGAGAGGCAGUCUGACGUCGGGCAGUGGCCGGGGUGCGGGCGCAGGGGCAGGGAGGUGGAAGACGUUUGGGGAGAUACACUUAAAGGUUUCUUCGGUUCGUGCAAGCAAGUCAGAUGAUAAAAGGUUAUAUAUCUUUUCGGGCACUAAGACUCUACAUUUGCGUUGUGAUUCUAGAGAGGACCGAAGUGCAUGGAUCGAAGCAUUGUUGUCUGCUAAAGAUCUCAUACCUCGUAUGCUGUCAAGCAGUGACCUUGCACCAACCAUUGACUUUAGUGUUUCCACGGAGAAGUUGCGAGAACGGUUGCUACAGGAAGGUCUCAAAGAAGGAGCAGUUAAAGAUUGUGAGUCAAUUAUGUUAUCUGAAUUCACAGAGCUGCAGAACCAAUUAAAGUCUCUUCAUCAAAAGCACAUCGUUUUACUUGACACAUUAAGGCAGUUGGAGACUGAGAAAGUAGAGCUUGAAACCACUGUAGUGGAUGAAACAAAAGAGCGUGAAGCACAUGCUGGACAGGGGAAUGGACGACUAAGCGAUUUCUAUUCAGUUUUGUCGGAGGGAAGUGCAUCUGAUUCUGAUGUAGACAAUGAAAGUCAAUGCGCAGAUGGGGAAACAGAUGAAGAUGAUGGGCUUUAUUUUGAUACGAAGGACUUCUUGUCUACAGAAUCCCUAAGAAGUGCUUCUUAUCGUAGUAGGGAACUAGCAGGAAAUGGUUUAUUUUCACCAGAAAUUGGGCAAGAGAUCAAUAUGGGUGUCAAAACUGUAGAAUACCCUUAUGUCAAACGGAGGGAAAAAUUGCCUGAUCCAAAGGAGAAAGAGAGACCUGUAGGCUUAUGGUCAAUCAUUAAAGAAAAUAUUGGAAAAGAUCUAUCUGGUGUCUGCCUUCCUGUAUAUUUCAAUGAGCCACUUUCUUCCUUGCAAAAGUGCUUUGAAGAUCUGGAGUACUCGUACUUAGUUGAUCGAGCAUCAGAAUGGGGAAAGCAGGGCAACAGCUUAAUGAGAACUCUUCACAUUGCAGCUUUUGCUGUAUCUGGCUAUGCUUCAACAGAAGGCAGGCAGUGCAAACCCUUUAACCCUCUCCUUGGGGAGACAUAUGAGGCUGAUUAUCCUGAUAAAGGUCUUCGUUUCUUCUCUGAAAAGGUGAGUCACCACCCAAUGAUAGUUGCUUGUCAUUGCGAUGGCAGAGGAUGGAAAUUCUGGGGUGAUUCGAAUCUGAAAGGCAAGUUUUGGGGUCGGUCUAUUCAGCUUGAUCCUGUUGGCAUUUUAACCCUUCAGUUUGACGAUGGAGAGAUGUUUCAGUGGAGUAAAGUCACCACUUCUAUUUAUAAUAUAAUACUAGGAAAAAUUUACUGUGAUCACUAUGGUACUAUGAGAAUACGGGGUAGUGGUCAAUACUCCUGCAAGCUCAAAUUUAAAGAACAAUCAAUCAUCGACCGAAAUCCCCACCAGGUUCACGGAUUUGUACAAGAUAAUAAUACGGGGAAAAAGGUAGCAAUGUUGAUGGGCAAAUGGGAUGAAGCCAUGUAUUAUGUACUUGGAGAUCCAAGUACCAAACCCAAGGGGUAUGAUCCCAUGUCAGAGGCUACUCUUCUCUGGGAGCGAGACAAGUCUGUGACGCAAACUCGGUACAACCUUACUCCCUUUGCUAUCUCUCUCAAUGAGUUGACAACUAGCCUCUCAGAGAAGUUGCCUCCAACUGACUCUCGCCUACGGCCUGAUCAGAAGCAUUUAGAGAAUGGUGAAUAUGAGAUGGCAAAUGCGGAGAAACUUAGGCUGGAACAGUUACAAAGACAGGCGAGGAAAUUGCAAGAGAAGGGAUGGCAACCGAGGUGGUUUAGAAAAGAUGGAGAGGACGACACUUAUCGUUAUCUUGGAGGAUACUGGGAAGCAAGAGAAGGAGGAAAUUGGGAUGGAAUUCCUAACAUAUUUGGCCAGAGCGAGCCUUCUUCAACUGUAGAGUAAAAAAUAAAACUUGUUUUAGGUUUUAUAUAUAUAUAUAUAU